AUGUCGUUUCUUGGCGGCGCCGAGUGCUCGACGGCCGGCAACCCGUUGACGCAGUUCACCAAGCACGUCCAGGAUGACAAGUCACUCCAGCGUGAUCGGUUGGUGGGGAUGGGCCCGGGGGGGUUGCAAGAAGGUAUGAGAAGCAGGGCGAUGAUGGGUGGACAGGACCAGAUGAUGGAUGAAUUCAUGCAGCAGCCGGGACAACUCCCCGCGGCUGCUGCUCCGCAGCCCUUUGCUAUGGAACAGCUGAGGCGGGAAUUAGACCAGUUCCAGACAGCAUCGCCUCGGACGGGCUCGCCUGGAUGGGCUGCGGAGUUUGACCCCGGCGAGCAAGCACGCAUGGAAGCCGCCUUUAAUGGACCGAAAGGAGCAAUGAUGAACAAUGGUCCUGGAUUUACUCCGGCUGAAUUUGCCCGCUUCCAACAGCAGAGUCGGGUCGGCAUGCCGCGGACAGCGAGCCCUGCUACAUCUACUGCCUCGCCGAUGAUGGCCGGAUACCAACGUCCUAUGGGGAUGGGAUCAUACAUGGGGACGAUGGGGAUGGGGGGCUUGGGGAUGAUGCGGCCGGUAUACAACCAGAUGGGGGUGCAGCAACAGCAACAGCAGCAGCAGCCUGGCGAGGCCACGGUCCAAGACAAGGGCAAGGGGCGAAUGGUCGAGCUUGAUGAUGAAAAUUGGGAAGCCCAGUUUGCUGAGAUGGAAACCGCUGGCAACCAGACUCUCGAUGACGAGGCCGAGGCGGCGAUUGAGGCGGAACUGAAUGAUCUUGACAGGUCAGUCCCCAGUGGUGCAGAGCAAGGAGUGGAUGCGUUUGAAAACGUGUGGCAAAGGGCCCAGGCUGAGACGACAACGAACAGGAAAUUAGUCGAAGACGACGGAUUUGAAGUCCAGGAUAGUAUGCAUGUCGGUGACUUGGAAGAGUGGGAUGGGUUUGAUACCCUCAACACCCGUUUCCGCGACCCCCAGCUGGGUGACUACUUGUUCGAGGAGGACAACGUCUUUCGGGCGGUGAGCAACCCCUUCGAGGAAGGCGUGAAGAUCAUGCGAGAGGGUGGCAAUCUGUCUCUGGCGGCGUUGGCCUUUGAAGCUGCCGUCCAGAAGGAUCCUCAACAUGUCCAGGCAUGGACGAUGCUUGGUGCUGCCCAGGCACAAAACGAGAAGGAACUCCCGGCCAUUCGCGCUUUGGAGCAGGCGUUGAAGAUCGACCCAAACAAUCUCGAUGCCUUGAUGGGGCUAGCGGUGUCGUACACUAACGAAGGGUACGACUCGACAGCUUACCGCACGCUCGAACGGUGGCUCUCCGUCAAGUACCCGACCAUCAUCGAUCCCAAGAACAUCACUCCAGACAGCAAUCUCGGGUUCACCGAUCGCCAAAUUUUACACGAUCGUGUCAUCGACCUCUUUAUUCAAGCUGCACAGCUGUCACCGUCGGGUGAGCAUAUGGACCCUGAUGUCCAGGUCGGCCUGGGUGUUCUGUUCUACUGCGCGGAGGAAUACGACAAGGCGGUCGACUGCUUCUCUGCUGCGCUGGCCUCAACCGAGUCUGGCACGGUGAACCAGAAGGAGCAACUCCAUCUGCUAUGGAACCGUCUGGGCGCCACCCUGGCCAACUCUGGUCGAUCUGAAGAGGCCAUCGAGGCCUACGAGCAGGCGUUGAACAUCAACCCCAACUUUGUACGUGCACGCUACAACCUGGGCGUCUCGUGUAUCAACAUCGGAUGCUAUCCAGAGGCCGCACAACAUCUGCUGGGCGCCUUGGCUAUGCACCGUGUUGUCGAACAGGAAGGACGAGAGCGGGCUCGCGAGAUUGUCGGCGGCGCCGAUGGGCUUGACGACGAACAGCUCGAGCGGAUGCUCCACAUCAGCCAGAACCAGAGCACGAACCUCUACGACACACUCCGACGCGUUUUCACUGCCAUGCCUACUGCAACUGGUGCCCAGAUCGUUGCUCGCACGUUGCGCGAUCUCGGCGUGACGGUCAUUUUCGGCCUCGUUGGGAUCCCCGUCGUGGAAAUUGCCGAGGAGGCGAUCAACUUGGGGAUCCGAUUUAUUGCGUUUCGAAACGAACAGGCAUGCAGCUAUGCGGCGAGUGUGUAUGGCUAUAUAACAGGGCAGCCUGGAGUGUGUCUGGUCGUGGGAGGACCGGGUGUGCUUCACGCUCUUGCAGGAAUAGGCAAUGCUUCUGCAAAUAAUUUCCCCUUGCUGGUCCUUGCUGGAUCGGCCGAAACCACCGGCGUGACCAAGGGAGCAUUUCAGGAAAUGGAUGCCAUUUCGUUGCUCACACCUCAUACAAAGCUUGCUGUGCGCGCCUCAUCAUUGAAUUUUAUACAGGGAGCUGUCGAGAAUGCCUACCGUACCUGCUGGUAUGGCCGACCGGGACCGACGUUUGUUGAUCUCCCAGCCGAUAUUAUCCAGGGCAAGACGUCUUCCGGUUUCCGACUACCACAGCCUCAAGACACGGCUGUUCCGCCUCCUCCGAAGGCAAGCGGAGAUCCGGCUCUGGUUGCCAAGGCAGCCGAACUGUUGAAAUCCGCUCGUGCGCCGCUCCUGGUCGUGGGGAAAGGCGCAGCAUAUGCGCGCGCGGAGACCAUCAUCCGAGACCUCGUGGAACAGACGCAGAUCCCCUUCCUCCCGACGCCGAUGGGGAAGGGCAUACUCCCCGACUCCCAUCCGCUGAAUGCAUCGAGUGCACGAAGUGCGGCCCUGAAGCACGCAGACGUUGUUCUGGUUCUCGGCGCGCGCCUGAACUGGAUCCUUCAUUUCGGAGAAGCGCCCAAAUGGGACCCCAAGGCGAAAAUCAUCCAAGUUGAUCUUUGCGCCGAGGAGAUUGGCCGCAACGCUGGACGUGCAGAGCUGGGGAUCAUCGGUGAUAUCAACCUGGUGGUGGGCCAACUCUUCACCGCGCUGUCGACCUGGCGAUACACGCCAUCGCAGAGCCAGUUCCCACGGCUGCUUGCUGCAUCUGCGGAAAAGAACGAGGCCAAGGCCCAAAAGGCGGCUCUGACGCCCACUCCUGCCAACGCGCCUCUGACCUACCAGCGGGCAUUCCACAUCAUCAAGACGACUUUAAACACGGUCUCACCCCAAGAGGACGGGGGUAUCGUAUAUGUCUCCGAGGGUGCCAAUACGAUGGACAUCUCGCGUUCCGUCUUCCCAUUAAGCCAUCCCCGCCAGCGACUCGACGCCGGGACCUACGCCACAAUGGGAGUCGGCAUGGGGUAUGUCAUUGCCGCGCAUGAAGCAUACAACACGGCGGUCGCCCCGGCCAGCGUCGGGGCCACGCAACAGAAGAAGAUUGUCGCGCUGGAAGGCGACAGCGCGUUCGGGUUCAGCGCGAUGGAGAUCGAGACCAUGGCGCGGUACCGGAUCCCGGCGCUGAUCUUUGUGAUCAACAACUCGGGCAUCUACCACGGGGACACCGCGACAGAGGCAGCGUGGCGAGUCUUGCAGGACCAGACGGCGGCAAACGAUACCAUUUCUUCAGAGAAUGAUGACCAAACUCAGAAACUGGGGCUUCGGUCCACGAGUCUUCUUUACGAGACCCGCUAUGAACAGCUGGCUACCAUGUGCGGGGGCAAUGGCUACUUUGUUCGUAGCGAAGAGGAGCUCGAGAAGGCAACCCGUGAGGGGUUCCUGAGCGACCGCCCGACCAUUGUCAAUGUUAUUGUCGAGCCGGGGGUGGGCAAGAAGAUUGCCUUUGCUUGGCAGGGAGCGGAGAAGGACCAAGCGAAGCUAUAA